AUGGCUGCCUCGAUCACCCACUCGGCCGCUAAGGCUAGUGCGUCUGCAAUUCCAUCCGCAUUCAGUGUCUAUGAUAAUAAAUUCUACGACAUUCUCGGCUCGUCCCCGAAACUCGAGCUUCUUCUCGAAAACAAUGCCUUCCCUUUCGCGCACGAGGCGAGCGUGUACAUUCCGUCCACGGAGUCGCUUUUUGUGUCGAGCAAUAUCUUCACCGACCCAGUUACCAAGAAGGAAACGAUCAAGGUCUCCAAAGUGAGCGUGAGUGCGAACCCCGCCACAGCCGAGAUCAUCAAUUCUACGAUUCCUAUGGCGAAUGGAGGCGUGAACAACGGUGACGGCAUCCUCUGGUGUGGCCAAGGUACUUUCAAUAGGUCUGCUGGUCUUUACCAGAUGUCCGCUCAACCGCCGUACGAGUCCGAGCUCGUGAUUGGCAACUUCUACGGACGCGAAUUCAACUCCGUCAACGAUGUGGUCGUACAUAGCGAUGGUUCUUACUGGUUUACCGAUCCUAUCUAUGCGUGGCGCCAGGGGUUUCGUCCUAAGCCUAAGUUGCCGAACCAGGUGUAUCGCUACGAUCCUGCCACGAAUAAUGUGCGCGUUAUGGCUGAUGACUUCGGCCGCCCGAACGGAAUCACAUUCUCUCCAGAUGAGAAAAUAGUGUACAUUACCGAUACCGCGGAGACAGAUGGGAACGGGUCGGAGGAUCUGCUAAAGCCUGCUACUAUCUAUGCAUUUGACUUGGUGACCAUCCAUGGACAGGCCUUCUUGACUAAUCGACGUGUGUUUGCUAUGCCCGGUGGGGGAACUCCCGAUGGCAUCAAGGUCGACAUGGACGGCAAUGUGUAUGCUGGUUGCAAAGACGGAGUCAACGUCUGGACGGCUGGCGGUGUCUUGCUCGGCAAGAUCCUCGUCAAGGAUGGAACUGCGAACUUCUCCUUUGGUCAGAAUGGUACCAUGUUUAUCCUCAACGAGAAUAAGCUGUGGAGAGCGCAAUUAAACCGCAAGGUGCAUGGUAACCUUCUGAAGUACUAG